AUGGAACAACAAUCAACCUCUGCUACACCUGGCAAACGUCAAGAUUAUGUACAAUAUACUCCUCAAAUUGUAACUAAUUAUAAUCAACAAUAUGGCCAACAGCAAGAACAAGGUUUGGCAUCACCAUCACAAGAACACUAUGAAGACUCGAUGCUUGAAUUGAAAGAUGUCGAUACACUUCCAUCAAAUUAUGCCUUUGUCUCUCAUCAAAUUCCUCCUAAUACUAUGUACAACAAUCAACAACCACCACAGCAAGUACCACAACAAGUCAUCUAUUUGCCUGCUGAAACUCAACAACGAGUCUAUGAAACACCUUCUAACAAUAAUUAUAUUCACUCUGGAAUGAUUAUGAAUCCUAACGUUGUUCCUAACCAUCAUUUAUCUCCAUCAUCAUCAGCAGAACCUUCUUCCUUUAUUAUCAGCAAGUAUACAUCUUGGACAAGAGUUGUUAUGGUAUUUGCUAUCCUCUUGGGUAUCUAUGGGUGUUUUGGUUUGGUAUCACAGUUGAUAUUGGUUUUCUCUUAUUCAACCUUCUCUAGUGUUGAAGGUAUUUCUGUGAACACAUCUGUUAUAUCAAUUAUUGCUUCCUGUGUUAAUUCAUUGAUUGAAAUUGGUGCUGGAUCUGUUGGUGUUUGGUCAACUAUUACAAAGAAUCCAAAGCAUAGAAAGAAUACCACUAUUGCUCAUUUGGUUCUUCUUUCAAUCGUUGUUCUUUACAAUAUCAUCUAUGGUAUUAUUGGUACUCUUGAAAUGUUUUUCGGUGAGCAAACACAGGAAAUUGCCAGUGCUGGACUUAACCCACAAAAUUUAAUAAUUUUCUUAGUUUUUUCACUUUUAUUAUUUGUUUUAAUGAUUUUUGCUUGUUGUGGAAGUUGUAUUGGAUGUCAAGCUUAUCGUUUCAGAAUUAUGUCAAAAUUACAAGAUGCUCAACCAGAAAUAGCUCAAGGAGAAGGAUUUAUGGUCAUGCGUGAUGAAGUUUAAAUAAAUUACUGAAUUAGUGAGG